UGACAUUUCAAUUGUCAAAGUCAAGUCGAAUUCCCCGCGCCGCGAUGCAAAAGCGUCGCUUUCGUUGAUUUGGUCUAAACUCAAAAUUAUUGUUAUUCAUAUAUUUACUAACUAGUUAAAGUGAGUGAUAAGUGUAUAGUUAAUAGAAAAAAUGUUGGUGCUAUUUGAAACCCCGGCGGGGUACGCAAUAUUCAAGUUACUUGACGAGUCAAAGUUAUCUGAAAUAGAUAAUUUGUACCAGGAGUUCAACACACCCGAGGGAGCAGCAUCUGUAGUAAAACUAAAAAAUUUCAUCAAAUUUGAAGACACUACAGAGGCUUUAGCUGCAACAACUGCAGCCAUAGAGGGGAAACUGUCAAAAACCUUAAAGAAAGCCCUCAAGAAACAUGUCUGUAAAGAUGUACAGGAUCAGCUGUUGAUCGGCGACGCUAAGCUCGGCAGUGCUAUUAAAGAAAAGUUUGACUUGCAAUGUGUUUCAAAUUCAAAUGUGCAGGAGUUGUUGAGGUGUAUCCGAUCACAGAUGGACAGCUUGUUGACCGGCUUACCGAAGAAGGAGAUGACCGCCAUGGCCCUCGGUCUGGCUCAUUCCCUGUCCAGAUACAAGCUGAAGUUCUCUCCUGACAAAAUAGAUACAAUGAUAGUUCAGGCGCAGUGCUUGUUAGACGAUCUAGAUAAAGAGUUGAACAAUUACGUCAUGAGGUGCAGAGAGUGGUACGGCUGGCACUUUCCUGAGCUCGGGAAAAUUAUUACAGACAACACUUUAUUUGUUAAAAUUGUAAAGUUAAUGGGUACUAGAGAUCAUGCGGCUAAAACUGACCUGUCUGACAUUCUGCCUGAAGAUUUAGAGGAAAAAGUCAAAGAGGCAGCUGAAAUUUCCAUGGGAACAGAAAUCUCUGAUGAUGACAUUGUGAAUAUUCAGAAUUUAUGUGAUGAGAUUAUAGCUAUUACUGAUUAUAGAACACAUUUGACUGAUUAUCUGAAGGCGCGUAUGAUGGCCAUGGCGCCUAACCUGACAGUGCUGAUCGGGGAGCACAUCGGUGCGAGGUUAAUAGCUCACGCUGGGUCAUUGAUGAAUCUGGCCAAGCAUCCAGCUUCCACUUUACAGAUAUUUGGUGCAGAGAAAGCCUUGUUUAGAGCAUUGAAAACUAAAAAAGAUACUCCUAAAUAUGGUUUGAUAUACCACGCUCAGUUAGUCGGUCAGAGUAGUACGAAGAAUAAAGGCAAAAUGUCGAGAAUGUUAGCUGCUAAAGCUGCACUGGCAACUAGGGUAGAUGCCUUAGGAGACGAGGUAUCAUUCGAGCUGGGGGCAGCACACAAGGUCAAGUUAGAGAAUAAGCUGCGACUGCUGGAGGAGGGGAAUCUUAGGAGAAUCAGUGGCACGGGCAAGGCCAAAGUCAAGUUUGAAAAAUACCACAGUAAAUCUGAGGUGCACGAGUACCCCGUGGCUGCCGACAGCACGCUGGGCAAGAAGGCAGUGAAGCGAGAGCACUCUCCCUCUGAGGAGGGGCCCGAGAGCAGCAAGAGGAUCAAGUUGGAGGAAGAAGUUAAUGAUGUAAAACCCAAAAAAGAAAAGAAAGUAAAGACUGAGCCACAAGAAGAUGAGGUGGAUGGUGUAGACAAUGGAGAUACUUCGAGCUUAGAGAAGAAAAAGAAGAAAAAGAAAAAGUCUCUACAACCGGAAACAGCAGAGGAAGUUAAAGAAGAGAUCAAAGAAGAAGUAAAAGAAGAGCCUAAGAGCGAGAAGAAGAAAAAGAAAAAGCGACAAUCGCAGAUGGAAGAAGAUUAAUAUUAGAGUACAUGUAUAAAGAAAAGCAUAAGUAGAUUCAUAUUAUUUUUU